CAUGCUUUUCAAUCCUGUUCCAUGUAACUCUUUCUCCAUUGCUUUCCAUCACCCAUCCUACCUCAAUUGACAACACAUGCAGCAGGAAAACAUUCAAUGCAUCAACAUCUAACUGACGACCAACUGCACCCUCUAAUUUAUAGUCCCUCGGUACAUAAUGGUGCCUCUUCCUCUUUCGAUUUACAAGUGAACGGCGGUAACUCUGGUACUAAUUCUGGUUCUGCCGCUGAUACGGGUUCUAAUCUCGACUUCAAUGCUCAGUAUCAUGAUAAUGGCCCAACCCUCGAACCCCCACCACCUUAUGAACAGUCCUUAUCAACAGCCCACGCGCCACUAUCCCUGCCAAAUCCUACAUCUUCUAAUCCGUACUUGCGCAAUAAUAGCCGAACACCAACGGCUCCUCCGCAGGAAUUGCAGCAUCAUGGCCACAUCUUUGAACCCACAGCAGCGUCUCAAUAUCCUCCCUCAGCCCCACCAUUGACACUGAUAGCUGCCACUUCUGGACGACCAGGACCCACUCAUUCUGGAGAGACGAUGAGCCUUAUCAAUGACACAACAGAUGAUCAACUAUCAAACACAUUCACCUCUACAUUGCCUGUAUCGCAGGGCAAAGGACCCGCUCAUCGCCGACUCGCACGAGAUCUCAUUGAGAAUGGAGAAGAUACGGCUUCAAGGGGACAAACAGCUACAUCUACCUCCUCCACGCACUCGGUUUCUUCAUCUCUCCAUCAUCAACAUCAGGUACGCAGCCGCUUCGGAGUUCAAAGUGCAUCCACACAAGAUCUGAGGAUCACCAAGCGCCUAGAGCAUAAACAGGAGACCGUUAGACACACAGCCUCUGCGCCUGAAUUAUAUCAACAGCGUCCAUUAUCUUCACAGAUGCCAUCAGCUAUGUUACCCAUUAUUCCUUUAUCGCAGUCUGUAAUCCCAGCACCUCCACCUAGAUUGCUGCAAUUUCGUUCUAGAGACCCAAGUACAGUCCCAGCAUGUCCUUUCCUCCUCUGCCAAAAGCCGAUUGCGUAUACAAAGACGCGUCGAGAGCGUGGCGUAACUGUCUGGAUCGUUUGCGGCCUGCUCUUCCUUUGUAAUACAUAUUGGACUACUCAAGUGAUUUUGUCCCAAUUCUCUGGCUCCACUCAGGGUCGAGUCUUAUCUGAGGAAACACUUGCAGCAUCUUCAGCUUCGGGUUUCUCGGCCCGCAAAGAGGCGACUCAUUGGCUGAAAGGAUUCUUGGGCAUGAAGACUUAUCGGUACAAGGAUCCGAUACUCAGAAGCCAGCAGCGACAUGUUUGGGGAGUGAGGCGGCCCACUGUUGCUACAAUGGGUGUUGUGCAGGACGAGCAGAGUUUAUUAGGGAUGAUUUUUAAUUUUUCAAUGAUGGCAUUGAUGGCGAUUAUACGAUGGUGGCUCUGCCUAGCGCCGCUACUUUUCCGACCUCUGUUUGACACUGUUCACAGCUGUCCACACCCACAUCCAUACCCAUAUCCUGAAGAGAUCGAGGAAGAACGGCGCCAACUUGAAGAAGCGGAGGAUAGUUUAGUUGUCGCUCCACUGGAACACCGGCAAUCACAGUCAAGCUUUCAACCCUCUGAGCGGCCCCCUGGAGAUGGAAAUAGUCAAGCUCACGAGAAAGCAGAGCCACUUGGUCGACAGCAACCACAUGGAGUGGGCGAUUUUGUCUCAACAUCAACAUCAGAGUCAGCAACACUUCCCAUAUCUGUAGAUCAACUAUUUUUAGAAGGAACACAGGGUCGUCAAGAGGAUAAGCAACCAAAUCAACAGGAUAUGUCAGCUAAAAUGACACAAGCUGAAGCCAAGACUAGGACGAAGACCAAGUCUAAGAAGAAUAAAUUGUCUUGGUGGAAGAAACGAGCAAUUAGGAAGGCACAAGAGCGUCGACAACGUAUCAUCAAGGAGUCACAGGACAUUGGUCGGUACAGCCUUCUGUACGAGCUUGGAGCAUUUUUGAUGAUGGACAAGUGGAAGCAUAUAGUGUUUUCUUCAGACAAUGUCGUUCCUGAUUCAGAUGAGGAUUAAAUCCCCUUUUCAUUUCCCU